CUGGCCCCCACUUUUCCUCCUCCAACUUGUCCCUCAGGCGCUGGUUCGGUGGGACGCCCACUGGUUCUACUAAGCCAACCUUCCCGCCGCCCUGUCCCAGAUGGGAUCACCGCCCUCUACCGUCGACUCCCCCGACCUCCCUCCCCCGUCCUCCCCAUGUCGGAACCCCGAUGCCAUUCUCCUCGGCCCUCCGCUUCGCCGGCGCUCAUGGACCUCGACCUCGACGUCUCCCCGUGGACGUUCGAUCCGAGCCCCUUGGUCGCGAGCCUCCCCUCCUCGUUCCUCCUCUCGUCCUCCUCUCCGCUGUUCUUCCCUCCUCCGCCUUCGCCGCUUUGGAUCUUCGAAGAUACUGCUGCCGUCGUCUCAAGUUCUCUCGCCGACGACCCGGGGUUUUUGAAGGGUAAUCAUGACAUGCGAAAUGCAAAGGCUAACAUGGCUGAUAGCAAAGCAAUGGAGCUACAAGUUCCAGCAGUGGAGGAGUUCUCGGAUGGUUCCUUUGUGAUCAAGGAGAGGAUGACACAGGCACUUCGGUACUUUAAGGAGUCAACAGAUCAUCAUGUUCUGGUUCAGGUUUGGGCGCCUGUAAAGAACGGGGAUCGUUGUGUUCUCACAACUUUGGGACAGCCCUUCAUUCUAGAUCCUGAGAGUACCAAGCUUCUUCAGUACAGAACGGUGUCUCUAAUGUACAUAUUUUCGGUUGAUGAAGAUGAUGAUGCCGAUUUGGGUCUCCCUGGCCGUGUUUUCACAAGAAGAAUGCCAGAAUGGACACCGAAUGUGCAAUACUAUAGCAGCAAGGAGUAUCAGCGCCUUAAUCAUGCUCUCUGUUAUAAUGUUCAGGGGACCCUGGCAUUGCCAGUUUUUGAACCAUCUGGUCAAUCCUGCAUUGGUGUAGUUGAGGUCGUCAUGACAUCGCAAAAGGUCAAUUAUGCGUAUGAGGUUGAUAAAGUUUGUAAAGCUCUAGAGGCUGUUAACCUGAAAAGUUCUGAGAUUUUGGACCAUCCAAAUGUUCUAAUAGCCAAUGAUGGACACCAAGCAGCUCUAGCCGAAAUUCUUGAAAUCUUAACACUGGUCUGUGAAGCAAAAAAGUUGCCGCUUGCUCAGACUUGGGUUCCAUGCAGGCAUCAAACUGUUCUGACACAUGGUGGUGGUCCUAAGAAGAUUUGUUCAAGAUUUGAUGGAAGUUGCAUGGGACAAGUCUGCAUGUCAACAACAGAUGUUGCCUUUUAUAUUAUCGACCCUCACCUGUGGGGAUUUAGAGAAGCUUGUGUGGAACAUCAUUUGCAGAAGGGACAAGGAGUGGCUGGUAAGACAUUUGCACAACGUAGGCCAUGUUUUUCUAAAGAUAUUACCAAGUAUUGUAAAAGUGAGUAUCCUCUUGUACAUUACGCACGGAUGUUUGGUUUAGCUGGAUGUCUUGCCAUAUGCUUACGAAGUAACCAUUUGGGCGAUGACGAUUACAUAUUGGAGUUCUUCCUUCCGGCUGAUUGUAAAAGCCCUGGUGAGCAACAGGAUUUGUUGAAUUCCAUUUCAGGUUUGUUGAAACAGUGUUUUCAGAAUCUAAAAUUCAUAACUGAGGUUAAGUUUCAAGGAGGAAAGUCUCCUGAAGUUGACUUAAUUGCGGAUGGUAGCUAUGAAUUGCGACCUAGACUCAUAUAUAGUCCACGUGGUGACACUGAUGUCCAUAUACCUUCUGAAGCUAAUAUUGAUGAACCUGUAGACAAUGAUGACUCACUAAAUGAGGAAAAUGCAACUCCUGAUUUGCAUGGGCAGCAUUUGGCUACAGAUUCAAAUGUCAAAAAGAAUGGUAACAAACUUUUAGACUCAACUGCAUUGGACAACAAAACCAGCUAUAUACCUGCAAAGCGGAGAGGCAAACCAGAGAAGACGAUCAGUUUAGAGUUACUUCAGCAAUACUUCUCUGGGAAUCUUAAAGAUGCUGCAAAGAGUCUGGGAGUUUGUCCGACAACCAUGAAGCGCAUCUGUCGGCAUCAUGGAAUUUCCAGAUGGCCAUCUCGGAAAAUUAAUAAGGUUAACCGGUCUCUUUCCAAGCUGAAGCAUGUGAUCGAGUCGGUCCAAGGUGCUGGGUCUUUGGAUUUGACCUCUCUAUCUUGUCCACUUCCAGUUGCUGUUGAUUCUGUUCCAUGGCCUGUUGAUUUGGAUAGUUUUAAGGACUUACAAGAUGGUGUUAAGAGGAGUGAAUUUUCUCCCGAGAAACCCUGUGAUAGAGAAGAUAAACUGGAGCAAUCUGUUUCUCCUUGGGUACAUGUUAAAGAACAAGUCGAUCCUCAGCUUAACCCUGUCAAGGAUUCUCGUCGCUCAACAGGAAGCUCUUCAGAAGGAAGCAUGGAUGCCCCUACUUCCCAAGGUUCAUGCCAGGGAAGUCCAGUUAAUAAUUUCUUUGUGAGUAGCCAGCCAGCAUUGUCGGACUUAAAUCAGGCACAAGGCACCAAUUGUUCCUCAAAACUCACAUUACAAAAUGCUUGCUAUUGGAGUCUGCUGAAUGAAAACUCACUACCUGUUGCUGUCAAUUCGAAGCCCCAACUACCAGUUGGAGUGCUAAUAAAAGAUUCUGGAAGCUCAAAAGAUUUGAAAAUUAAUUGUACUUUUGCAGGGGUGGGUUCCCGGGAUGAACCUGCCAUGAUUCUAACUCGUGAUACCUCACAACCUUGGGUGUCACAAGAAACUAAGGCACUGACAAUCAAGGCAAGUUACAAAGAAGAUAUAAUUAGAUUUCGAUUGCCACACAAUGCUGGUAUCUUGGCUUUGAAGGAUGAAAUUUCAAAGAAGUUGAAGUUGGAAGUUGGCACUUUUGAUAUCAAGUAUCUUGAUGAUGAUCAUGAGUGGGUCAUGUUGACCUGUGACUGGGAUUUGGAGGAAUGCUUAGAUGUUUGGAGAUCUUCUGGAGCUCAUAUAAUCAGGCUAUCUGUGCAUGAUACAGUGACCAAUCUUGGAAGCUCUUGCGAGAGUUCAGAGGUUGAUUAUCACAAUUAUGUCACCAGACAGUUCAACGUAGGUUAAACAUACAUUUCAGAGAUCAUCUUACAAAUGUAGGGAGCGGUGAUGUUUUGGCAUAAAAUCUCUUUUUUCUGUUUUGUUUUGAACAUUUUAAGUUGCAGGCUUGAUUGCAGAUUCUCUGAAAUGGCACCAGCAUCUGUGCAGGAACCACGAGUAAAAAGAAGAGAAAGAAACAAGUCACAGCAAUCUGUAUAUGAUGGACCAGACCAGGAUAUAAAAUGGCAUCAUUAGCACUACCUACUGACUGGGAAAUGUAGAACUGUAAUGGAGUUGUGUUCGAUAACUCUGGAAGACAGUAAAGUACUAUGGAUUCAGAAGCCAAGUUUUGUUCUGAGGUAGAAUAUAACUAUAAAUUUAAUUCUUCAUUGCUAUAUAAUGAUUUGUUAUCUUUUGUACAAAGUAGAAUAGCAUUCUUUAUGAGUUUUAAGUGGUGCUACAUGUGAAAUAUCAAGGACAUCUAGGAUUAAUUUUAAUUGUCCAGGAUGAUUUCGUUUGUUGCUAUUGGCAUAAAUUACUGUGCUGAUGCUCCCAUUAAGAACAUAUUUGUAUUUUUAAUGUCAAGUUCGAGUGAAUGUAUAGUCAUGAAAUGCUCUGAA